AGAUCUCUAUAUGAAAGCAAGAAUUGCUGUUAAAGGUUUUGUGGCAGAAGGUUCAGCGUAUGAGACUGAAAAAGAAACUGGGAGGGGAAAACGAAAAAAAGUACAAAAAAAGCUUUUUUCAGACUCUGAUUCUGAUGAAGACAUUACGAAGCAUAACAAGAAGUCAAUUCCAUUACCGCCAAGUGUUCCUUUUAAAUGCAAACAAGUCAAAGAAAAUAAAUUGAAAAAAGCAGAACGCGAACUUAGUUCGAUGGUUUCCUCUUCUCCUUUGAAAGUUUUAAAAAAUAAUGUUAAGAAGCUGAAAACACAAAAGAUAAACAAUGAUAAGACUGAUAGUUAUACUAUGUCAAUUGCACAAAAAUCUGAUUUUAGCGAAAAUAGCAGACCGUCUUGUUCAAAUAAAUUACAAUCACCUAAAAAAACAACUAUAGAAAAACGUUAUAUCUUCUAUUAA